UUUUUUUUUUUUUUAUUCUUUUCUUACUUUUCUUCUCUGUUGUAUACAUUUCACUAUUUAAACAGGCAUUUCUUUUUUUAAUUUCUUUUUUCGAAACUGAAAAAUAAUAACGAGGCUUGCCGUGUAAAUAUAUACUCUUUUUUUUUUUUCGACCUUUUUUUCUUUUCAAACAGUACAAAAUCUCGAAAAGGGUAAUCCCUGAAACAACAUCAUGACAAAAGUUGACGACACUGUUGUCAAGACUGAUAACACAGUCGAAAAGAAUACACAUAUUCUCGAUGAAGAUAUCUUUCAUCCCCAUACUUUGACUGCCUUGGUCAUCCUAUUGGCCCUCAUGUUCUAUGCUGCCACUCGAUCCAAUUAUGAAAACACUGCCGAUAGUAUAAAAUUGGGUCUCCUAGCAGCCGUUGCUUGUUUUGUAUUUAUUGGAAUGCUUCAAUUCCCGGAUGGUCCUUUUGUGCGUCCUAGUAAACCUAUUUGGAGAGCUGUGCUCAGUUUGAGCGUACUUUAUCAAUUAUGUCUAGUCUUCUUAUUGUUUUUGAAUAAAGAUGACGCUCGUCAGUUCAUGAAAUAUUUCGAUCCCUCUUUAGGCAUCGAGUUACCCGAGAGGUCUUAUGCUGAUGCAUGUGUCUUGACCAAAGAAAAUGUGAUGAACCAACUCGAUAUUUUCGUGAUUGCCCAUGCUGUAGGUUGGUUUGGUAAGACUUUAAUCCUUAGAGAUUAUUGGAUGUGUUGGAUCAUUUCAAUCGCUUUUGAAUUAUGUGAAUACUCUCUGGAGCAUCAGCUGAAUAACUUUGCCGAAUGUUGGUGGGAUCAUUGGAUUCUCGAUGUGUUAUUAUGUAACUGGCUUGGUAUUGCUGUAGGCAUGAAAUUCUGUCAAUACUUUUCCGUAAAGCAAUAUUCUUGGGUUGGAUUUAAACAGAUCAAGUCAUUACGUGGUAAAGCCAAACGCGCGGUCCAACAAUUUACACCCCGUGAAUGGACACGUUACGAAUGGAAGACUACCAGCACACCCAAGAACUAUUUUGGCACUGUUCUCUUAUUGAUUGUGUUUUUACAAUGCGAAUUGAAUUGUUUCUAUCUCAAAUAUCUUCUUUGGGUUCCCCCAGAGCAUCCUAUCAACACAUAUCGUUUAACAAUUUUGUUCUUCUUUGCCCUUCCUGGAGCUAGAGAAGUUUACCAAUAUAUCAGUGAUAGUAACUGCAAGCGUAUGGGUGCUCAUGCUUGGUUACUCAUCUUUAACAUCAUGACCGAAACCUUGGUCUGCCUCAAGUUUUCCGAGAACGAAUUCCAUGCUACUGCUCCUAUGGUUGUGAAGGUUGGUUGGUCCAUUGCUUUCUCGGUCUUGUUUGUCUUUUUCCCAUUAUGGAGAUUCGUCAUCCAUCCUGUCAAGAAGACGGAAGAAGAACCCUUGAAAAAGGAUGAAUAAAUUCCUAUCUCUCUAUCUCUCUCUCUCUCUCUCUUAUUAGAUCUUAUUAUAUAUAAAUCCUCCCCUGAGUGGCGUCAUUUCACUGUCAAAA